AAACCACUUCUAUUUACAUAAGUAGUGAUUGAGCAUUGGCCCAAUCAUGGUUUAAUGGAAAGACUGAGGAUUUGGGUCAGAAGAUCCAUUGUCUCUGACUUUUGGGUUAGACACCCGAGCUUUAGUGUCCUCAUUUGCAAGACAGAGAUGGGAAUGAUAACUUCUUGGAUGAGUGGUUGUGAGGAUUAAAUAUGAUGCAAAGAGAGGUUCUUUGCAAAUACUAAAAUGCCACUGGUGGUUCUCAGUAAAGGCAGAGAUGGGUCACUCUGUAGCACGGGAAAGAGUUGAUGCCGAAGCACAAAAAUGGGAAAUCACCAUUCACUCCAGGGAAUGUUUGAGUUGCCUACUUUCAGCAGAGUAGAAGUGGUAGCUGGAAACAGUGGCUAGAACCACAUUGACUCAGGCCUUGAAUACCGGGCCAACUGGUCAAGGAAAAGCCAGAAGGAAACAAAAUGAAUCUGGAGGUGAGUAGGUACUGGGUUAGAAUGAAAAGAGCCUGGUAGUUAGAGAGUGCUCUUGUAUGAAGGGGAAGGCAGGACUUGAUGAGAGAGGUGAACCUGAGGUGCAAAGCAGAUGCUGCCCGGGAGAGCCCACAGUCGGAAGAUAGCAGGUCACAUCCAAGUUGAACACAGGGUAAGGGAAAAUGGAUUUAAAAUGCCUCCAAGGUUUUCUGUCAGUUGUGACAGAAUUUUAAUUUUAGGCUAAAGAUAGACUCAUAAAUCUGUUGGGAAUUUACAUUGAAUAACUGUAAAAUCAGAAACAUCAAAGACUGAAGGUGUAGGUGUGGUUAUCAGCCUUGAGGUUGAAACCUGGCCUCAUACGUUUGAGAAUGUGUGCCUAGAGUAAAGAGAAACAUUAUGACUGGAAGUCUGAGAAAUAAAUGUUCAUAUAUAAUGAGCCGGAAGGAAAGAACAGCAAGUUUUUAGACCUUUAUGCAUGUCUUCUCCUAUUUCUUUAGCCAUGAAAAAUUCACUUGAAUCUACUUUUGUAGGAAACGUAUCUGCAAAAUUCCUGGAUGUUUCUUGAAUAACAUUGAGAAGUUAAAAGAGUAUUCUGGAAGGAAUUUCAAGCAUAAUAAGGAAGAACUGGCUCAGAAAAUCUACACGCUACUUAACCACACUGUCUUUGAUGGAAAGUUGCCAGAGAAAAUAGAAAUUAUUUGGAAUAAAAAGAUGCUGCGGACUGCUGGUUUAUGCACUACCAAUGAGAUACAACAACCCAAGAGGCAGCGCUGUGCUAAGAUUUCAAUUUCUCCGAAAGUCUGCGACUCUGCAGAUCGAAUCCGGGACACCUUGAUCCAUGAAAUAUGCCAUGCAGCCUCCUGGCUGCUUGAUGGCAUCCGGGAUUCUCAUGGUAUCUCAUGGCAAUAUUAUGCUCAAAAAUGCAAUUCAGUACAUCCAGAACUGCCUAAGAUCACCCGUUGCCACAACUACACAAUUCACUACAAGAUCUAUUAUGAAUGCAUGCUGUGCAAAUACAGGAUUGGCCGCUACACCAGAUCGUUGAACACUGAACGCUUCAUCUGUGCCAGAUGCAAAGGGCAUCUGGUCUUGCUGCCAUUGUUUCGGAAGGAUGGAACCCCCAUUGUGCCCUAUGUGAGACCAUUUGCCAAAUAUGUGCAGGAGAAUUAUAGAGCAGUGUUUAACGGGACGGCAGGAAUCAGCCAUGGGAAUGUGAUGAAAAGGCUCAGCAAGGAUUAUUUUGCCAGUAAACAAAAGGCAAAUCCUUAAGGUUUGCCUGGAAUAUAGUUAUGUGAGCCAAAUUCUUUACUGGCAAGAAGUUCUAGAAAACUCUAUUUCUGUAAGGUUUUAAGUAUUGGGGUUUAAAUGUGUUUUCUGAUUUGU